UCCUAACCAACAUGGCCGCUAAGUCGGACGGAGCAGCUGUGGCUGUGGAGGAUGACAACACGCCCAGGAGCCUGUCGGAGUCGGGGAACCCCGUCGGCCGGUCCCGGUGCUCCAGCGCCGGCGGGAAGCCGUACACCCUGCUGGACUGCUGCUGGGUCCUGUGCGCCCUGCUCGUCUUCUUCUCCGACGGCGCCACCGACCUGUGGCUGGCCGCCGACUACUACCUGAGAAAGAACUACUGGUGGUUCGGCUUGACGCUGGUCUUCGUGGUGGUGCCCUCCGCGGUGGUUCAGGUGCUCAGCUUCCGGUGGUUCGUCUACGACUACACGGAGCUGAGCGGCGCGGACGGAGCGGCGAGCGAGAGCGGGAGCGGCGCGGCGGAGGCAGGCGCGGCAAGCGGACCGGCGGCCACGGGAGACACCGCGGUGAGCACCAAGGACAGCGACCAGCGCGGGGCGAACGCGACCGCGGCCAACGCUGCCAAUGCUACCCAGGUUUACACGUCCUCCACCCCGCCGGCCGCGUCCGGCAGAGUCGGGGGUCCGCGGAGGUGCUGCACCAUAUGCAUGUGGGUCUUUCAGAGCGUGCUACACAUCCUGCAGCUGGGACAAGUCUGGAGGUACAUCCACGCCCUCUACCUGGGCGCCCAGAGCCGCUGGCACAGCAACGCCCCCCGCCGCCAUUUCCACUGGCGGCUAAUGUUCGAGUGCGCCGACAUCACCAUGCUGCGCCUCCUGGAGGCCUUUCUCAAAUCCGCACCGCAGCUCGUCCUCCAGCUGAGCAUCAUGAUUCACGGCAAUGAUGUCCUGCCCCUGCAAGGCCUGUCUGCUUCUGCCUCUCUGGUCUCUCUGGCCUGGAUGAUCGCCUCCUAUCAGAAGGUUCUCCGAGACUCUCGGGACGACAAGCUGCCCAUGUCCUACAAGGCCGUCAUCGCUCAGAUGCUGUGGCACUUCUUCACCAUCGGGGCCAGGACUGUUGCGUUUGCCCUCUUUGCCUCCGUCUUCCAGCUCUACUUCGGCAUAUUUAUCGUCAGCCACUGGUGCAUCAUGACGUUCUGGAUCAUCCAGGGCGAGACAGACUUCUGCAUGUCCAAGUGGGAAGAGAUCAUCUACAACAUGGUGGUGGGCAUCAUUUACAUCUUCUGCUGGUUCAACGUGAAGGAAGGGCCGAGCCGCUUCCGGAUGACCGUCUACUAUUCGGUGACGCUGGCCGAGAACGUGGCCCUGACAGCUGCCUGGUACACCUAUCGCGGGCCACAGACCCCCGACUCCUCCGCCCUGGUGGUGGUCUGCCUGGUGGCCUGCAGCUUUGCGCUGGGGACCUUCUUCAUGUUGGUGUACUACUGCUGGCUGCACCCAGAUGGACCCGUCCUGGGCUCACACUGGGGAGCCUGCGUGGACGAGGGUGUGGUGGGAGCAGGAGGGGUGGUGGGUGUGAUUGACGCUUGCCUUACCCCAUCACAAGGAUCCCAAACGGACAUGGUGAUCACCAGCCCACCAAGGACUCUCCCCAGGACUAAGGACGCAGGGGAGCCUGUCCCAGGUGAGACGGGGGACAGUUGCCUGCCUGUCUUUCAGGUGCGCCCCUCCCCUUCCUCGUCUCCGGCACUCCUUCACAGAACCUCCUCCUCGUCUCGCACGCAGGAGGGACCUGUGAUCCGGAUUGACCUCCCAAGAAAGAGGUACCCAGCUUGGGAUGCCCACUUUAUAGACCGCCGGCUUCGAAAGACCAUCCUUCUCCUGGAGACCACUUCAGCGGUCAGCCCGAGGAUUCAGUACAGGAGUAGCAUGAUGGGCAGCAAGGAGGUGCUGGAGUACGAGACGACUGUCUAGACGCCUACAGAGGCUUCGAAGCAACAAUCCAGAGGCCUGAGAUCUGCUUCAGGUGAAGAUGGGACGUAUCACGUAGUGGCAGACAACGUUCUUGUCGAACUCGACUGUAAAAUGUGAAGUGCAAUCUGUGACUGAGGCCCUGCCCUCGGGACACAGGCGGAGAAUUAGUAGCAUGAGCGGGCCGGGGCAAGGGGAUCCAGAAACUGGAACAUCGUCAUUGAUCAUGGAACGCCGCAGAGUAUUACAUUCGAACCGGAAAACCUCGUAGAAGGAGGGGGGGAGACUGUGGAGUGCACCACGGACAGGCUCGGACGGACGCUCCAGGGAAAUCCUGGUGCACGCGCUGCAGUCCGUGGCUCGGGUUCGUGCCGGACGUGCAACCCGUUUUAGGCCACGAUUCCGAAUUUGCAUCACGGGCUGAAAUAUUCCAAACAAAAUAAGGAGGAAUGUCCUAGGUCCGGUUGCACGUCCCACAAUCCCUUGGAUGAACUUGGAAUACAAGAGGGACACUUCCGUGAAAAGAACCAAUAGGGUCUGAUCCCGAAUGCGGUAGGAAAACAUCCAUUUGUGAUAUAAAAGAAGCCACUGUUUACAUCUCACCGGCACAGUCAUUCACACUUGUCAAGACUUGCAAAGAUUGUCAGUACUGUGAAUCCAGCAUGGAUGACUGGUGCCGCGGCGUGAGGACGCUCUUCAGAACACAAACCUUGUACAGUAGAAUACAGUACAGACGCGAGGCAUAAGCUAAUACAAUAAGCUGUAGUUACUGGAGAAGGAGAAGGGGGUCGUUCACUCGCAAGAGUCUAAAUAUGAAAUAUGAAUUGCUUUUGAUUUCCGUGUUCUUGGAAUGUGAAGCCCAUGUUGGGUAGGCAGUGACGAGCUAGCGUGUUAGCAAUAGCUGCUAUGUCAUGUUUUGUGUGGAGUUUUAGCUCUUCUAAAAAGGUUUACAAACCAUGUACAGGCCUUCAGAGAACACGCGAGUACAUUCACUGAAUGACAAGUGAAUACGGACUUGAGCUUGGGACUGUUACGAUCAAGUCGCUCAGCGAUUCAUGAGAGUGUCGCGAAGCAAGCUAACCUUGCCGCCAAGCUAGCACCCCUUUUGAAACCUGUGUACCGGCAAUGUUCUUCUCAAGCAGGAUUUUAUCUCAUACUGUAGCAGAAAGUAUUUAAAUUCCGUUUGAAGGAGAAAAAAAAAAAAAAAAACACUGCUCAUCUGUUGCUUCUCGAAAAGCAUGUUUGUCUACGAACGUUUCAGGUGGUGUUUGAGAUGCUGUGUGGUCGUUAGCAUGGUGAUAGUGAAAUGCACACGAAACACGCUCCUGUUCAGGCGGUGCCAAUUCAAGGCUGAGUGACACAAGCACAACGUUUGGCACUGGUACAGCAGCUAAAACAAAAGAGUCUCUCAUUUUAAACGUUAUUUCCUGAAGGUUUUUAGCGUUGUCUUUAUUUUCCGAGGACACCUUGGAGUACUUGCCUUUUUUUUGUGAUUCGAACCGCCAUCUUGACAAUGGUUUUAGUUGCAAUACAUCAUGCUGCUUCCACUUCGCCUCCACGCCGACGGGGUGUGAGUAAGAGUCCAGUGACGCACGUGUUUACGUUGACAUGCAGCCAUGAUGUGAGCGCCACGACUGGAAGAGACGAUUCUUUUCUGCUGCUAAUGUUCACCGUCCGCUCUGUUCAUCUGGGUUUCUGAGAAUGUAGACGCAGCUCUGAAAGGCCACAGCUAACACAGGUGCUCAUCUGUCGUUGAAUUAAAGCACAUUUGUGAGCGUCGUCGUGUUCCCGGUUGUCGCCAAAUCCGGAAAUCCCAAACCAAUUCGGCGGCGAUUUGGCUCACGGCUGAUUGGCGGGACGCUGUUGUGUUGUACCUGAGCUUGUGUAUGUGGGUACCGUGGUGACGGCGAUGUAAAUGGUGCUGAAAACAACAAUGUUGACCACGUUCAUGUCAUGUAGAUCAUGAUAGGCUAAUGUACAAAGGAUGCAUUUGUGCAGCGCCCCCUGGCGUCUGAGCACAUUUCUUCGAUUGGUUCACAAGCCAGUCUUUGUUUUGAGGUACUAUAACAGUUGUGGUGAGCUUAUUAUAUAUCGACUUGUACAAAAACCUGUUAAAAAGUGAGUUGAAAACUCAAAUCAUCUUUUAUUAAUGGAUGCAAGUAUUUAUGUUACUUUAUUUUUGUAUUUGUUUUAUAUCUAUUUAUCUCUUGUUUAUUCACUUGGUGGCCAUGUCUUUGGUAUGACUAUUCUAUGGAGAUGUAAAAAGUGAAAAUAGAUUUUUUUUACUCAUUCUAUAUAUCUGUAAAUACCAGAGUGGUGUUCAUCUAGAAGCGUGUGUGUGUGUGUGUGAGCGUGUAUGUGUUUAGGCCGGUGUGUGUUCCGUCUACGUGAGAAUGUGCUGGAUGUCGGAAUAUGCUGCUUCAUUAAAAAUCCUCGGAGUGAAUGAACAGGAAAAUAAACUAGUGGUGAAAAUGUAUAUGAUGUUAGAAAAAAAUAUAACAUGCUGUGCUGAUAACUGUAGAUGGGAAGACUACUGUAGUAAAAAUGGCUGAACGGCCGUCGAAAUAAACCCGCGUCCUUGUCUUGUGUGAAGGUUUUUCCCACUCUUUUGUUUGUUCGUAUGAGUAUGUGAAGCGAGGAGUGACUUGGCUGCUAUUAUGGGCUGUUUUCUGAACCAAAGUCGGCGUUGCAGUUGUGUUUUGAUCGGUGUGUUUAAGCGGCUGUUGCUGGAUCAGUUGAGAAAAAGCUAGCGAACAAGGUCAAGCUGUAAAGUUGAAAGGCUCACGGUUCGUCUCAAGUGGCCCGAAACCACCCAACAACAAGUGUAAUUUGGGAAAGAGUUCAAUGUAGUGUGACGAGGAUUUGGAGAAACAAUGUAGAAAGUUGAGGCGUUCGCUGGUUGGAGGCAAAGUUGGACUCAGAAGAUUGAGAUCCAGCGAUCUCCGUUUUUCUCUUCUGCUUCAUCAUUUCUCGAGAGGGAGCAACAAAAUCGUUUUUUUCCUCCCUUUUAGUCCGACUCACUUUCAUCUCCCUUCCUGCCCCGAGGUACAGUUGUUUAUUCUAUCUCUCCAGAGUCCAGCUGCUUAUCUGUGCGGCGCUUAUGGUGUGUGUGAAAAGAGCUGAGCCAUGGGGCAGAAGAAACACCUGAGCAGGAGCCAAACCUGUUUCUUCUUGAUAUUCUUUGUCUUUCUUUCUGUUUUUUUAAAUAAUCCAAUGCUAUUUUGACAUAUUUACUGAUUUUUUAAAAUGUUUUUUCUUUUCG